AUGGCAUCGGAUAAUUUGGAUAAUUCAAUGCUCGAUAUGCUCAAUGUGAUCAACAAGCUCUUAGCUAAACAAAGUCCAUUGGUAAGUUACGCGGAGAAGCUGGUUGGCGCCCUAAAUGAUGGGGAAGUGAAUCAAAUGACAAAUGUGAUACUGAAAUGGCUAGAUUUUGCUCCUUUCUUCAAGAAUCCACAUGCUGAUGAUGUGCAGCUUAAGGCGCUUGAGGAGUUGGAUGAAGAGUGGGCGAAGCGCUUUUCAAGUUCAGAUAAAGCAAGGUUGCCACAUUUGUUGAAGUGGUUUGAUUACAUCCAGAAUCAGGAGGACGUUGCGCCAAUAUUGGGUAUGAUUGUUGUAGAGAAGGCUGAUUUUGAGGCCCCUCUCUUUUGUGCAUCAAGUAAAGAUCAUACAGUUGUAGAGCCUCUCAUUGCUCCAGAUGGUGCUAAAGUUGGGGAAUGUGUUACGUUUUCUGGACUUGAUGGAAAGCAGUUGGAUAAGAUAGCUCCGUUAUGUUAUCUUCGUUGUACGAGUACUAGAAAUACAAAUCUUUUCACAGAUGUAAAGGGUGUCGCGAUGUUUGAUGGUAUCCCGUUCAUGACUUCUUCUGGAUCGUGCUCGUCCUCCAUUCCUAACGGAAGCAUCAAAUAG